UUUUUUUAACAAAAACAACAGUAAAAGUUAGCGCCCAAGUUCAAGUUCUUGUUUUUACUUAACCAUUGGCUCGUUAUCACUUAACUCAUAGGUAUAGUGUGGUUAGAUGAUAAAAUCUAGUAAUUUUUUUUUUUAUCAAAUCUAUUGUUGGCUAUGAUAUCUUGCCAAAUUUAUUUUCUGCUAUAUAAAUUGAUAAUGGUUGUCUUUUUGGGUUAGUUUUUGAUAAAUUCUCUUGCUUUCGGUUGAGGACUAAAUUACUGGCAAUCCCGAAUAGAAUCGAAAAGUCUCAACAUGAAAGUUGUAUUAGCCGUUUUGUCGCUGAUCCUUAUUGUGUCGUGUUCAGCACAAGAGUACGAAUUAAAAUGCACUGAAAAAGAAAAGGAUAUAUUGUGGCCUAUUUACGCGAACAAUAAAAAGUAUUUGCAAUGUGCUGGCAUUGGCAAGGCUGUGGAAAUGAAGUGUAACGCCGGAACACUGUUCUGCUUUGUCUAUCAGGAAUGUGUACAACCCGAUGAUUAUAUUCCACCACCAACAGCAGAUAGUUUGCCACUUGAUAAUGACGGCACAGCACCAGGUCCGGGUCCAAGUCCAGGACCAAGUCCAGGACCAACACCAGCUCCAACCCCUACACCAUCAACCAAACCACCAUUUACUUUGCCAACACCUCAACAUCCUCCGGCAAAACCACCAACUACUCCACCAACCCCAGCUCCACCAACUCCAGCGCCACCAACUCCAGCGCCACCAACUCCAGCUCCACCAACACCAGCUCCCCCAACUCCCAGCCCACCAACUGCUUCUCCACCUACCCCACCAGGUCCUCCAACUGGCGGUCCCCCAACUGGCGGUCCUCCAACUGCUCGUCCUCCUCCAACUGGUGGUCCUCCAACUGGUGGUCCUCCAACACCAGCACGCCCAACAGCAGGUCCUGGAGUACCAGGACCCCCAUCGCCCCCAGCAACAGGAGUUCCAAUGCCAAACACUCCUGCUCCCACACCACCUGUCGUUGAUAACACCCCACCAAGCGUUGGAGUGACACUUCCAAGCAAUUCUUAAAUUGAGAGGCAUCGUUGAAAUUAUGGUUCCCAUAUGGUUAAAAAAAUAUUCAUUCCGUGAUAUAUAAAAUAAAAUUGAAAAAUUGUUCACACACACCGCUAUUAAU